GAAAGCAAAGUUUAAAAACAAACAGAUCACAAGAGCAGCAUAAGACAACAACGAAGAGGGAAGCACACAAAACAAAGCGAAAUAAGCACAAAGUUAAGCUCAACCGCUUCUAUAAAGCUAUGGAAGGAGAAGAGAAAAGUGCUUUUGAGGAUCUCAAACAGACAAUGACAUCUCCAGAAUUCAGCAGCUGUGUGUCUAUGAAGUCUAACAACUCCAUAUCCACCCCUCCUGUAUUCAGUAAUGGAUCAGUGAUCUCUAACUCCAGCAUACAGACAGCAACAAGUCCAGAACUUAGCUAUGUGUCUAUGAGAUCAAAUAACUCCAUAUCAACUCCUCCUGUAUUUAGUGAAGGAACAGUGACCCCAGACAUCAGUGUGUGUGAUGAUCUGAUCCAGUUUCACUUCAAUUGUGGUGUAUGUAAGCAGUAUUUUAGAAAUGCAGUCUCUGUCAGCUGUGGACACAUGCAGUGCAUUAGGUUACACUGUCAAUCCGGUCAUUCCGGAGACUUUGAUUGUCCCUAUAGAACCUGUCCUGUACUAAACCCACAUGACGUUACAGGAGGGUCCAGUUCUGUCGAUACUCUGGCUGUGGUCAAAGAAAGAUACAAAACCAGCAUGAAGAACAAGUAUGAGAACCUAUCUGAGAUCAUCAAAUCACAAGAGAAUCAAACUCUUUUGAACCAGAUUUACACACAGCUGUAUUUCAUAGAGGGUGAAAGUCAAGGUGUGAACGAAGAACAUGAGAUUUUACAGAUGGAAAAAAAUUACAAGACACUCCAAGACACUGCAAUCAACUGCAAUGAUAUAUUUGAUCCCUUAAUUGAACCAAGAUCAGGUAACAAUCAAAAGCCAAAGAAAAGUUUAAAGACCGUCCUUACUAAAGGCAUCGCUGGAAUAGGAAAAACCGUCUCUGUGCAGAAGUUUAUUCUGGACUGGGCUGAAGAAAAAGCCAACCGAGAUGUGGAUUUCAUGUUUGUGUUUCCGUUUCGAGAGCUGAACUUGAUCAAAAAUGAACAGUACAGUCUUCACCAACUUCUGCUUGACUUUCAUCCUGAACUGAAAAAUCUGGACCCAAAGGUUUAUGAAGAAUAUAAAGUUGGGUUCAUCUUUGAUGGUCUGGAUGAAAGCAGAAUUACAAUGAAGUUUUCAGGUUGCAAGAAAGUUUCUGAUGUGACUAAAACAGCAUCAGUAGGUUUGUUAAUGUCAAACCUCAUCAUUGGAGAACUGCUUCCCUCUGCUCUCAUCUGGAUAACCUCCAGACCAACGGCAGCCAAUCAGAUUCCCUCUGAAUUUAUCAACCGUGUGACGGAAAUCCAGGGAUUCACUGACCCUCAGAAAGAGGAAUAUUUCAGGAAGAGGAUCCGUGAUGAGCAUCAAUCACACAAAAUCAUCUCGCACAUUAAAAAAUCCAAAAGUCUUCACAUCAUGUGCCACAUACCAGUCUUCUGCUGGAUCUCAUCUACGGUGCUUCAGGACAUCCUGAAAAACGACAACAGUGCAGAAAUUCCCAAAACUCUCACAGAAAUGUAUAUACACUUUCUGCUAUUUCAGAUAAAUAUGAGGGGUCAUAAGUAUGAGAAUGACCCAGACAAUGGAGAAAUGAUUGUAAAACUUGCUGAACUGGCUUUCAAACAACUGAUGAAGGGCAAUGUGAUGUUUUAUGAAGAAGACUUGAGAGAGUGCAGCAUAGAUGUCACAGAGGCUUCAGUGUAUUCUGGCAUUUGCACUGAGGUCUUUAAGGAGGAAUCUGUGAUUUAUGAUAGGAAGGUCUACUGCUUUAUACAUCGGAGCUUUCAGGAGUUUCUAGGAGCUUUGUAUGUGUUUUACUGUUACUUAAGUCAACCUGAACCAUUGAAAGGAUUUGAUUCAUUGCAUAAUUUGCAUAAAAGAGUAGUCGAUAAAUCCCUGGACAGUGAGAAUGGACACCUGGAUCUUUUUGUCCGAUUCCUGCUUGGAAUUUCACUGGAUAACAAUCAAAGACUCCUAAAAAAUCUUUUGACAUACACAGAAAAAAGCUCAGAAAGCAUCAGGAAAACUAUUCAUUUUAUUCAAGACGAAAUCAAAAAAUUUUUAAUCCCCAUUAAACCAGAGUAG